AUGUCGUCUGCGCCACCACUUCAGAGAUUAUCUGCGUUCAAAACAGAUCUUCCUCCGUGCUGUUUAAGAAUCUACAAAAAUGUGGUCUAUUUGGGUACGUAUAAGCUAGUGGAAGGAGACAAUAGAUAUGGGUCAAUUGAGGUUUGGCAGCAUGACAGUAAUGGAACAAAUUUCAAGAAAGUGAGGGAUUACAGUACCAAAGGAGCUAUUCUCGACUUAAAAAUGGAUCCUCUUGAACCUGGAAUAAUGUGCAGCUGUCACUCAACAGGGAACUUCAUUAUUUGGAAGAUUGAUCCAGAAGAUCCGACUGUGUUAUCGAAGAUUAUGGAUAAUCAGAUAUAUGAUUCAAAAACUUUAAUCACUUCCAUCAACUAUCACAAAGCAAUUCCCCACAAACUGGUUCUCACAACUACUACAGGGCUAUGUUCCGUGUAUGAUAUAAAUAAUAACCAGAUGGAAACAAUGGGAACAUCACACGAUUUAGAGUGUUGGUAUGGGGAAUUCUGUUCACAGCCUGGAUUGGAAUACUUAGUUAUCUCAGGAGGUGACGAUAGAAAGAUACUUAUUCACGACAUUCGGAGUCCAGAGGCUGCCAUUUUCAGCAACAGUACCUUUCAUACUGCUGGAGUAGUUUCGAUUCUUGCGUCUUCUAAAGAUUGGUGUCCUUCAUCUCUUUACACGGUGUGGACGGGAUCAUACGACGAUCAUGUAAGAUCGAUAGAUCUUAGAUACAUUCCUGGAGAAGUAGGACGUCGUGGCUCUGCCUUUCCAAGGGUGAAACAAUCAUUAGAUUUAGAUGGUGGUGUAUGGAAGUUAAUUCCUAGCCCCUAUGGCGUUUCGAAGAAGGAUUGUAGAGUGUUAUCGUGCUGCAUGUAUGACGGUGCUAAAAUGCUUUCUUACAAUGCAGAUACAGGAGAUGACAUCCAGGUGAAAAACUAUUUCAAAGGUGAUCAUAGCAGUAUCUGCUAUGGGGGAGAUUGGAAAGACGAUUUGGUAGUUACCUGCAGUUUUUACGAUAAGAUAGUUCAAGCAUGGAAUGCAUAA